AAAGAACUCUAAAGUGUAUAUUCCUCAACUGUGCACAGUUUUGGGGUAAAAAUAAGGCAAUGGUCAUUACCUGUGCUCUGAGAGUGAAAGUGACUUUUGCUUUUCUAUAAACAUGGUUUAACUAGCACUGACAUAUCUGCUGGGGUUAAUAGCAUCAUCAACCACAGCAACCAGGUCAGACGUCACAUACAGACAGAAUUUCCUGCAUAGGUGCUGUAGUUUCUGAACAGACAUACACUUAGUUACUCGCUCGAGAGCAAGCAAACCACUCACACAGGACCACCAAAUAUCUCUGUGUGUCAAGAUUUUUAAGGAGCAGUGGACGGCAAGUGUACAAAAUGUUGCAGGAAGGCAAUUUAACCACAAACGAAUCCUGCAAGAUUCAUGAUAGCAUACUUUCACCCCUCUUGCCCAUUGGCUACAUUUUCAUCUUUUGCAUCGGUCUGCUCUGCAACACCGUCACCCUUUACAUAUUUUUCCUUCGGUGGCAUACAGACUCUUCCAUGGCCGUAUACAUGCGACACCUUACCCUGGCAGACACUAUGCUGGUCCUGUGUUUGCCUGUCCGGGUUUAUUACCACAACAAAGUAGGUCCCUUCUACUUGUGCAAGGUGGUGGGCAUCUUCUUCUACUUGAACAUGUAUUCCAGCAUCCUGUUCCUCAGCCUCAUCAGUCUGGAUCGCUACUUGAAAAUCAUCAAGCCUGUUUGGGUGUUCAGCAUCCAAAAGACCAAGUGGAGCCACAUGGCAAGCUACAUCGUCUGGGUAGUCCUCAUUUCCGGAAUGAUCCCCUUUUUGACAAGCAACAGCCUGGAACAUCCGUGCGACAAAGUUUGCUUCCACUUCCACAGCAAGGGGACCGUCGGUGGGAUCAUUAACCUGACAACAAUGGUGGUCUUCCUUGUUUUUUAUGUGGCCUUUCUUUGUUUUUAUGUGAAGAUCACUAAUAAACUCAGGACUAUGUCCAUGGGUAAUGGUGACCCUAAGGCACAGAGUCGCAAACAGAGGGUCAUCAUGAAGACUUUCUUGGUACCGUUCAUUUUUACUUUGUGUUUCUUGCCUUACCAUGCAAUACGAAUCCCAUACAUUCUGGCUCAGAUGAAUGUGAUCGGGGAUCUUCAUAGCCAACAACUGUUGCACAUCUUAAAUGAGAGUACUUUGUUACUGUCUGCUCUAAAUAGUUGUCUGGACCCAAUUGUCUAUUACUUCUUAUCCAGUGUGUACAGGAAAACCAUACUCUGUGCCAUUCAGGGCAAGUUUAAAAACAUGCAUGCUUUAAACAGAAGGAGAAUCAGCAUAAACCGCUAACUUCCUGAAAUUUAGCCGUAAUGGAUGACUUUUCCAUUUAUGACUUUUGAUGACUACAUGAAUCAAAUUUUGUAGAUUCAACAAAUUGAAAUAUUUAGUUAAUUUAGAUUGUUAAUUACGUACAUUAUUGGUUGAGGUUUGGGCACACAUGGCAUGUUUCAUAUGAUCUAAAAAACACUGUCUGCAACACUUCGCUGUUAUUCUAAAAUGCAGAAAAUUGUAGUAAUAAAAAACGAGCAAUGUCUUGUGUUUCUGCAAUGUCUUAAGCAUGUCUUGUGUUUCUGUAAAUACUGAAUAUGUAGAUGUAUCAUUUGCACUAGAGCAGUGGUUCUCAAACAGCUUUGCAUUGAUCCAGAUUUUGUGGUGGUCCCAAAAAACAAUAACAAAAUGGUUUCUCUGAAAUUAAACAUAGAUUUAUGUAUGAAACUGCACAGGCCCAACAUGUACAGUUGUUUACGUGAUGAAUAAAAUGAGUGUUUGAUUACUAAACAUGUUAUUUCAAUGCUUUUAUGUAUUCUGCAGCCACAAAUUAAAAUUAAAUCAUCAUAUAGAAUAUUUAGCAGAAAGUUUUUGACAAACUGUACAUAUGAUGUAUGUUAUAGAUUAUUAGUAUAGACAACUAAGUCAAUGGACAAUGAUGAGAAAUACCGGAGCUAAAGUGUUACAGUUUGUCACACUUUAAAGUAUAUUUCCCAUUAUAUUCAAUUGUUUUAGUUGUCGAUACUAGUAAUCUACAACAUACUUCAUAUAAAAUAUUUUAAGACCAUAUUAAUAUACAUAAUUCUCUGUGCC